GCUUUCACUCUCUCCAUCUUCGAAGUAUAACACAGUGAGCAAAAACAGAGAGAAAAAACAGAGAGAUACGAUGAUUUUCUCAAAAGAUCUUCCUUCACCUACAUCGGUUUUCACAGCUUACGCAUCAAUGGCAGGUUACAUGAUGAUGAUACGAUCAAUGGCUCACGAGCUAAUCCCUGCUCCGAUCCAAGAAUUCAUUUACAGGAAUCUCCGGUCUCUGUUCUUCCGUUCUUCUUCCUCCACUCUGACUCUAACCAUCGACGACGACAACAUGGGUAUGAACAACGAGAUCUACCGAGCCGCUCAGACUUAUCUCUCCACCAAGAUCAGUCCUGACGCAGUCAGGCUCAGGAUCAGUAAAGGUCAUAAGGAUAAACAUGUCAAUUUGUAUCUCAGUGAUGGAGAAAUAGUCAACGAUGUGUACCAAGACGUGGAACUAGUAUGGAGGUUUGUAACCGACGGCGGAGACAAGAAAGGUGGUGGCGGAGGAGGAGUAGGAGGAGGAGGAGGAGGAAGAAGAGGCGGUAUGGAUGAUGACGGUAAAAGCGAGUACUUUGAGCUGAGCUUCGACAAGAAACAUAAAGAUUUGAUCUUGACCUCUUACGUUCCUUACAUCGAGAGUAAAGCUAAGGAGAUUAGAGACGAGAGGAGGAUCUUGAUGCUGCAUUCUCUCAACAGUCUUAGAUGGGAAUCAGUUAUUCUCGAGCACCCUUCCACCUUUGAGACAAUGGCUAUGGAAGAUGACCUCAAGCGUGACGUCAUCGAGGAUCUUGAUCGGUUCAUAAGAAGGAAAGAGUUUUACAAGAGAGUAGGGAAACCUUGGAAGAGGGGUUACUUGCUGUACGGACCACCCGGAACCGGGAAGUCUAGUCUUGUCGCAGCCAUGGCUAACUACCUAAAGUUUGAUGUUUAUGAUCUUCAGCUAGCCAGUGUGAUGCGUGACUCUGAUCUAAGGAGGCUUUUACUAGCCACACGUAACCGCUCCAUUCUUGUCAUAGAAGAUAUCGAUUGCGCAGUGGAUUUGCCCAACAGAGUGGAGCAGCCGGUUGAUGGCAAGAACCGUGGCGAGUCUCAGGGACCAUUGACGUUGUCGGGGCUGUUGAAUUUCAUAGACGGACUAUGGUCAAGCUGUGGAGACGAGCGGAUUAUAAUAUUCACAACAAACCAUAAAGAUAGGCUUGACCCGGCAUUGCUACGUCCGGGUCGUAUGGAUAUGCACAUUUACAUGGGACAUUGCUCUUUCCAAGGAUUCAAGACUUUAGCCUCCAACUACUUGGGUUUGAACGAUGCCACAAUGCCACACCGUCUCUAUCCGGAGAUUGAGCGUUUGAUCGACGGGGAGGUAAUCACGCCGGCGCAAGUGGCAGAGGAGCUGAUGAAGAGCGAGGAUGCUGACGUGGCUCUUGAGGGUUUGGUGAAUGUUUUAGAGAAAAUGAGGCUAAAAUCAGAAGAAUCGAAUCCGGUGAUGAUGAAGAAGAAAGAGAGUAGAUUGGAGAUGGAAGAGAUGAGCAUAAGGCGUGAUACAGAGGGUUCUCCGAGGAAGAACAGCAAAAGAAUUAAGAAACUUGUUCUGUUUUGGACCUAAUCGUGUGUUUACAUGAUCCAUUAGUUCAAAUGAGAUUAUGAGGGAACAAAAAAAAAGUAGACGUAAGAGGCUAAUUACAACUCUAAGUUAAGUUCAAAAGUUUGGAAUUCUCUGAGAUGAUGAUAUAAGUUGAGUGUUUUCUUCAUUUAUAAGUUUCUCAUAUGUUUAUUUUCUAGGGUUGCAUGUGAACCAUGAAUGUAAGACGCAUUAUGAAAUAUGGAACUUUCUUUUUCUUUAAAGAAACUAUUUGGAGGUA